CGCGGUAGAGACCGUCAGAUUGGUGAGACAGCUCGUCUAAAAUUCAUGUAGAAAUCAUUUCAUCCGUUCAUUUUGCAUGAGUAAUCGUUCUUCAUCAUCACAUUGAAUUCCAUUUUCAUUAUCUGUCAUUUUUUAUCUUAAAUAUUGUGGAUUUUGUGACAAAUUUGGCAUGUCAACUAAUGUAGAACAAGCUCCCGUUGAGGAGCAGAAAAACAACGAAGUCGCCGGGGGGACUCCAAAGCCAGCAACUCCGGCAGGAUCUCUCGUGUCAGGCAACUCACCACCUCCAGAUAUGGCUCUCAAUUUAAACCCAAAGGAACAAGGGUUCGUCAACGCCAAGGCAUACCUCCUCAAAGCAAGCUCAAAGUCAAAUUUAAAUUUGUAUGACCACCUUAGUCGAGUGCUUACUAAAGUUCUUGAUGAGAGACCAGAAAAUGUUGCAGAUGUAUUUGAGGACAUCAGCAAGGAUGUGAAGAAGGCAAAGUUCACCUCAACAGUCGACACAAUCUUGGAUAAAGUAGACCAUUCCACAGAGGUACAACUGGCCGAGUCACAGAGGGCUCUGUUUGAGAAAAAUCAAGAUGAGGCAGAGCAUGAAGCUGGAGGGGAUGAAGAGGUUGAUACUCCCCUUCCCAACCUCCCAGAACUCAUGUACUACUUUGAACAGGCAGCUAUUGGCAUCACCCGCGAAGAAAUGAUGCGUAUUUUCCUGGCACUGAAGCAGCUGGUUGACAACUACCCGCUGCAGACUUGCCGCUUCUGGGGCAAACUCUUUGGAACUGAGAAGAAUUACAUCGUUGCCGAAGUGGAGUACAGGGAAGGUGAAGAAGAGGAGGAGGAAGAAGAAGAGGAGCACGAAGCUGAAGAGCAGGAAACGGAGAAAGAUGAAGAUGAAGGAGAAGGAGAAGAGGCAGAGGAAGAUGACACACCCAAACCAGACUUCAAACCUCCACCCGUCAUCCCCCGCGAAGAGAACCGCACCGGAACAAACAAGAAAACAUACUUUGUCUGCAACGAACCCGGUCAGCCGUGGGUGAAACUUCCCCCAGUCACACCAGCACAGCUCUCAGGAGCCAGACAGAUAAAGAAGUUCCUCACUGGACGACUUGAUGCCGCAAUUGUGAGCUACCCUCCAUUCCAGGGUAAUGAAUCCAACUACCUGAGAGCUCAGAUUUCCAGAGUCUCUGCAGGGACCCAGAUCAGCCCUCUAGGCUACUACCAAUUUGACGAGGAAGAGGAAGAGGAAGAAGAAGAAUCAACCCGCGAGUCCUUCGUGGAGAAUCCAGACUUUGACGGCAUCCCAGUGAAAGACCUCGUCGAUCCCACCGUGUCAAACUGGGUCCAUCACGUUCAGCACAUCCUACCCCAGGGGCGGUGUACAUGGUUCAAUCCCGUCCAGCAACCAGAGGAUGAUUUUGAAGAUGAGGAGGAUGAAGAGGAGAGAGAGGAUCCAGAUGAGCCAGAGCCCGAGGUCGGACCUCCACUCCUUACCCCCAUCUCGGAAGAUCUUGAAAUUGAUAACAUUCCACCAUGGAGUGCUCGCCUGUCCUCAAGCCUUGUACCUCAGUACGCAAUUGCCGUCAUCCAGUCAAAUCUCUGGCCCGGUGCAUAUGCAUUUGGAACUGACAAGAAAUUUGAAAACGUUUACAUCGGAUGGGGACACAAGUACUCCCCUGAGAAUUACAGCCCCCCACCACCUCCACCAGUACAGGAAGAGUUCCCCAGCGGCCCAGAGAUCACCGAGGGGGAGGACCCAAGCCCAGAGGAAGAAGCUGCACUCAGGGCGGCUCAACAAGAAGCCAUGGAGCAAGCUGAGGAGAUGGAGGAUGUGGAUGAAGACGAGGAUGAAGAUGAUGAAUAGAAGGAUGGAUUGGGAUAAACUGGGUUCCUCUCUAUUAUACAAUGGGUAUCCCUGUAAUACCUUCAGGGUGACUCUGGGAUAAACUGGGUUCCUCUCUAUUAUACAAUGGGUAUCCCUGUAAUACCUUCAGGGCGACUCUGGGAUAGACUGGGUUCCUCUCUAUUAUACAAUGGGUAUCCCUGUAAUACCUU